AAAAACGAUAAAAUUCUUUCAGAUUGAAAAAUGAAAUGAUUUAAAUAAAUUAAUAUAUCUUGAAGCCGCUAUAUCCUUGUUCAAUCGUCAAAACUUUCUUUGAUAUAAAUUCAAAUCAUUUUUGUUUCAAAUUCUUGAGACCGAUUUUAUUGAACGACCGUUUCAGCAUUCUGUUUGUUCUUUACAUAUAUAGUAUAGCAAUAAAUCAAUAUAAUAAUAAUAAUCUCAACACUUGAAGAACAUGAUUGCCGCUUCAAAUUUUGUUGCCAAUCAACCAAUGCACAACGGUACUACGAUGGUGAAUAAUAACAAUAAUAAUAAUAAUCUAUCUACAACAUCUUCAUCCACUACAACAACAACAACAUCACAUAUUGAUGAUGAUAAGAAUAUUAAUAAUGAUAAUAUUGAUGAUAAUAAUCUACAACAAAAUGAAGAAUCUGUUGAUAUAACCAUUAGUAAUGUUGUAACGAAUUUUAAUGUUCGUUGCCAUCUAAAUCUACGACAAUUAGCCACAAGAGGAUCGAAUGUUGUCUAUAGAAGAGAACGAUCGAUUGUUUUAAUGAAAUUAAGACAUCCAUUAAUAACGGCCAAUAUUUGGUCAUCGGGUAAGAUAACUUGUACAGGAGCGACUACAGAAGAAUCGGCAAAAUGUGCUUCAAGAAAAGUUGCACGAACUUUACAAAAAUUAGGUUAUCCAGUCAAAUUUCGUAAUUAUAGAAUUGUAAAUGUUCUUGGCGCUUGUCGUCUACCAUUUGGUAUUAAAAUUCAUGAAUUUAGUGAUUCACAUAGGCCUAUAGCAAGUUAUGAACCCGAAUUACAUCCGGGUGCAACAUAUCGUAUAAAAGAAUUGAAAGCUGUUUUGACUAUAUUUCAAACGGGAUCGAUUACGAUAACAGCACCAAGUAUCCCAAAUGUGCAAUUAGCCGUUGAAAAAAUCUAUCCAUUGGUAUAUGAAUAUCGAAAACCGAAACCAGUACAGCAUACUCAAUCAAAAUUACUUUAUUCAAAACAUAAUCAAACAUUAAAUCAUAAUCAUUGUCAACAACAACAACAACCACAAUCACAAAAUCAUCAUACUUAUAAUUCUUUCAAACACAAUAAUAAUUUAAUUGAUAAUGUUGAUGAUGAAGAAGAAGAUGUCGAUGCUGUCGUUUAUUGUCGAGAUGAAAUUAUACCGACCGAAAAUUACGAUGAUGAUAAUAAUUCUGAUUAAGUUUAAAUUCUUAAUUUCUUUUUUUUUCGAUUAUUUUUUUUUCUCUUUCCAUUUUUUUUCAAAUAUCAAUUAUAUAUUUGUCACAAAUUGUUCAUCUUGUCGAAUUACAUACAUACAUACAUACACUUUAUUUCAUCUAUUUCACUAAUACAUCACAUCAUCACGUUCUUCUUAUUUAUAAAUACAGCAAACAAAACAUCGGGUCUUCAAAAA